AUGAGUGAUGUUUUGAUUACGACUCAUCCAGAGAAGAUACGUAAAGAACCAGCGAAAAUUGGUAUAGCUGCUUGCAAAAUUCAACCAAUCUCAGCUCAAGUUGAUGUACGACGAGAAACCAUCGAAAUUUUAAAUAGAAUUUUACCGCCGAAAGAAUGGGAGGAGGAUGGUCAGAUAUGGACUCAGCGUGUAUCGAGUACUCCUGCAACAAGAUUAGAUGUGAUAAAUUUACAAGAGCAACUCGAUAUGCGAUUGCAACAAAGGCAGGCCAGAGAAACUGGUAUUUGUCCUGUUCGUAGGCAACUCUAUUCACAAUGUUUCGAUGAAUUAAUACGACAAGUAACUGUAAACUGCGCCGAACGCGGAUUACUUUUAUUGCGAGUACGGGAUGAAAUCAAAAUGACAUUAGCUGCGUACCAGACAUUGUAUCAAAGUAGUAUCGCUUUCGGGAUGCGUAAAGCACUGCAAGCCGAACAAGGCAAAGAAAAUUUGAUUAAUACAGCCGAGGAAUUGAAACUACAAAAAAUUGAGUUGGAGAGAAUAGUUGCGGAAUUACGACUCAAGUAUGAUCAAUCUGAGAAAAGAUCGGCCGAAUUAAGGGAAGCGGAGGAAAAAAAACAUAUGGAAGAAGUGCAAUUCCUUAAAAAAACAAAUAUGCAAUUAAAGACUCAAUUGGAAGGUAUAAUAGCACCAAAAAAGUAACUGCAGAUAAAAUUUUCAUUUCAAAUAAUAUUUAUGAUGUUCACAAUAUAUAUUAUCUAGAGAAUUAUGUAUGUGUAGUUUUUCUGUGCAGUUGAUGAUAAUUAACAAACUUUAACGUAACAUAGUAUAACUAUUGAACAGGAAUAAAGAUAUACGAGAUCUCAAUAA